CAAGCUCAGAGCAUUCCGAUCUAGCACCGCCGCCGCAAACACCACACCUCGAGAGUCCUCGUCGCCGGAGAAGUAGUAGCAAGCAAGAUGGCCGGAAGGAAGGGCGGCGACAGGAAGAAGGCGGUGACCAGGUCCGUGAAGGCCGGGCUCCAGUUCCCCGUCGGCCGCAUCGGGCGCUACCUCAAGAAGGGCCGCUACGCCCAGCGCGUCGGCUCCGGCGCCCCCGUCUACCUCGCCGCCGUCCUCGAGUACCUCGCCGCCGAGGUGCUGGAGCUUGCCGGCAACGCGGCCAAGGACAACAAGAAGACCCGCAUCAUCCCGCGCCACCUGCUGCUCGCCGUCCGCAACGACCAGGAGCUCGGCAGGCUGCUUGCCGGCGUCACCAUCGCCCACGGCGGCGUCAUCCCCAACAUCAACUCCGUGCUGCUGCCCAAGAAGUCCCCCGCCGCCGCCGAGAAGGAGGCCAAGUCGCCCAAGAAGAAGACCUCCACCAAGUCCCCCAAGAAGAAGGUCGCCGCCAAGGAGUAGAAUUCCCCAUAGAAUAGCCAUUGUUGCUUAGAUCCAUUUCUCGUGGACAAGAUGAGCAGUCUUUUGGUUAGUUAGAUGAGUAGUCGUUCUGUCCUUAGAUUCGCUGAGCAAGGGUGGCAUUGUGUCUGUGAUUUCUGUAGGAAUGGCUAAAUAUGCAAUCGCUCAGAUCUUAAUUCUCUUGCUCUAUCUAUGAUUCCUGUUAAUCCUUGCU